AUGAACUUGUGGAGACAUGGUCCAGAGGAAUCGACUGCUUACAACAGUUGCCAUCCCAUGGAUCUAGGUUCAGGGGUGUUAAUACAAUUGCCCCUUUAUGAGAACUCCGCAGUGUACGCAGAUACUAUUACAUUUAGGAGUUUCUGCUGUGAAAGAGUCCCCGUUUAUGUAUCUACGGUAUUGAAAAACUCUUCCCCGUACAGGUAUCUUGAUGAGGUGAUCAGGGACUGGCAAAAAUUUAUUCAAGUAAGCGAUUAUGUCGGCGGGUCUGCUGAGUACGCAAUAUACGCUGUGAUUUUGUCGAUAACAUCUAAUUUUGUCAUCACGGUGUUCCUUACUGUGAUAUGCUGUAUCAAUAUCAGCGGACGUGCAUAUAAGAGGAUUCUGCAAUUAUUGAGGAUUGCCUCAUUGUUAGCCUCGUUGAACUUAACGAUUUUUAUUACCAAAGUGUUACGGAGAUUGGAAAGAGAGCAUAACGUAUAUGGUGUCGUUCGGGCUCAUUCCAUUAUGCAUAUCUUUUCCGAUGAUAUGACAUUUGUUGUCUUAGAUUUCUUGGCUACCUUAAUGUUCCAAUUUUGUCAAGUCGGCAUCGUCAUUAGACUAUUUCAGAGAGCCCAGGAAAAGAGAAUUAUUUUUUUUAUUGGCGUAAUCCUAACAAUGACUGCAAAUAUUUUAUGGGUAAUUCCACCGUUUGCUAACCAUACCACAAAGCACAGAAAUGACUGGCAAAUUCUGAGACCAUUUGUUUACCUUUUCCGCAUUGCUAUCGCCACGUCAUAUGCAUCAAUCGUCAUUUAUCAUAUCUGGCAGAAAAAAAAAUUGUGGUUUAAAUUCAACCAGAUGGGAUUACUUACUUUGUUGACUAUCCUUGUGGUGCUUCUACUACCAGGGUUUUUCCUUGCUGAUGUGUCAAACUUAUGGAUAUCAGAGCUGGGUGAGGUGUUUAACACCACAUGCUAUGUUACUUCGACCGUGAUUACAUGGGAGUGGUUGGAUAGAUUGAAUGUUUUAGAAAGAAAAGAAGAGGCACAAAGUAUUUUGGGAAGACCUAUUUUCGAGGAAGAGCAACAAGAUUAUAGAUUUGCAAAGUACGCUUUAAGGGUUCAAAACGCUUUAACCAGAAGGGAAUCCCAUGACGCAUCAAUAGACCGGCAUGAAACAUCAAGCAAUUCAGAAGUAUGCGAUUUACAAACCAUAUCGCGCUACGAUCCGGAAGAUCAGAUAUCGGAGGGCAGAAGUAUUGAUCGAAUGCAUUUCAGCGAUAAAGGGAGUUAUAAAGAUUUAGCGCUUAAGAAAUUGAGCUAUGCUCGCGAUAAAAUUUUAUACUUUACUGACCAAAUCGUCCAGAAGAGUGUAGGCCACAAUAAUAGCAGCAGCUCGAAAAAUGAAAAAGCCAAACAGAGAAAGGCGAUGGUCAGGAAACGGCUGGGAUUAGACAAACCAGGCAUAUACGUUUAUUCGACAAAGGAUGUCGUUUUUAAUUCAGAUGAAGAUGGGAAUGAGGAUGCAGAAGAUGAAGAAGAAAGUCAAGAUGAAGAUGGCUGCGAGAACAAUAACGACAACUCUGCCGAUUUUUCCAGCGACCAUAUGAGCCAUAUUUAA